AUGUUCACCGCUCUACACAGCCGUUCCACACCGAGCUUACACUUGUCACAGGUCGGCGUUUCCGCCCAGCUACCCAGCGGACACACAGGCAACGUCGACCUGAAUUACGACUCUUUUUUCGACUUUCUUCUCAACAAACGCGAGGCCUAUGAGCCCGUUCACGCCGCCAGAUUCAAUCCCAAGGGGAUCAAAGGUUUGGCAAUCGGCCAGGUCGUCGCAGACGUCGGCGCCUUCCUGAAAGACAUCGAUGUCUUCGACCACAUGGAGUUUGGCGUCACCGCCAAAGAUGCACGUCUCAUGCCGCUCAGCACGCGCCGGCUCAUCGAAACCACCUUCCUCAGCCUCCUCGAUUCCGGCAUUGACUACAGAGGCCACAACGUCGGCUGCUACAUGUCUGGCGUCAAUGCCGACAUAUUCGCCGUGUCCGGACAUGAAGAUGCAGAUGCCUUAGGAUCAUUCGCAUAUACUCCAUCCAUGAUUGCCAACCGAGUUUCGUACCACCUCGACCUUCGCGGGCCGUCCGUUCCCGUAGACACAGCGUGCAGCUCGAGUCUCUACGCCACCCAUCUCGCUGUACAGGCGUUACGAUGCGGUGACUGUGAUGUCGCGGUCGUCGGUGGCGCUCAGAUUAAUCACAAAUUCUCCGACUGGCUUUCAUAUACUCAAGGCGGCAUCUUGUCACCGGACGGAAAAUGCAAGCCGUUCGACGCCUCAGCGAAUGGUUUCGGCCGUGGGGAAGGCGUCGUCGUUAUCGUACUGAAGCCUCUGGACGCCGCUCUUCGGGAUCAUGACCAUAUAUAUGCAAGCAUUCUCGGCACUGGUGUUAACUCUUCAGGCUCGUUGGCGCCACCGAGUGCGCCUGUUGCCUCGGCUCAGCGAGAUGCGAUGCUUCGGGCUUUCGUUCAAGCUGGCCGGAAGCCUCAAGACUGUGAUUUCGUCGAAUUGCACGCCACUGGGACAGCCCAGGGUGAUCCUACGGAAGCUAACUGGGUCGGCGCGGAGUUUAAGCGAGCAGAGGAACUACUCAUUGGAAGCGUCAAAGGGAAUAUCGGUCACCUUGAGAUUACCGCAUUCCUCGCAUCGCUCUGCAAAGUAUGCGGAAUCCUCGAACGUCGCCUCAUCCCUCCCAAUGUCAACCUCGCCCACCCCAACCCCGCCAUUCGUUGGACGCAACACCGACUGCGCGUCCCUCUCGAGCCUACCGAUCUCGGAUGCCGCUCGCCGUCUGGUCGCCCCCUGAUUGCAAUGACGAGCUCGGGGAUUGGCGGCGCGAACGGACACGCGGUCAUCGAGGGCCCGCCUACGUCCUCAUCUCGCACCACCUUCUGGACUGAGGGUACGGAAGUACCCGUCGUUUUGAUGGGUGGAGGUCUCAGCCCGAGAGCGGCUUCAGCGGUUUGCGAAUCUCUCGUGAAAAAAGCUCAACACCCGAACGCCCAGAAGCGGGAACUCUAUCAAAUCGCACGCAUCUUCGGCCGGCGGGUGCGCUCUAUGCCAUGGCGAUCCUUUUUUGUCGCAGACACACGCUCUCUCACCAUGACGCCUACGCUGCCCGAUCCCCUCCUUGCUCCGAAGCGUCGGCCUCCGAUGGUUUUCGUCUUCUCAGGACAGGGAACUCAGCACUUCGACAUGGGUCGCGAACUCUUUGCGACGUGCGCACCAUUCCGCGACACCAUUCUCGAGCUCGACCAAACUUAUGCUGCUGUCGUCGGACAAUCUCUUCUGGAGUCCACCGGAUUGUUCGCCAACAACUCCUCGCGCAAAGCAGAAGACCUCGGAGAGGUGUGGCCAAUCGCGAUAACCAUCCCGGCUUUGACGAUGCUUCAGCUCGCCUUGGUCGACGCGUUGGCGGCCGUCGGUGUCACUCCUGAUAUCGUCCUUGGGCACUCCGCGGGGGAAACUCCAAUGCUCGCUGCGUCUGGUGCAUCGUUGAAGACCGUGGCGCUCGAGCUCGCGAUCGCCCGCGGCCGCGCGAUGUCCGUCUUCGAGACGCCAGAUUGGAGCGCGUCUAUGGCUGCCGUCAACUGCUCCGCCGCCGACGCCGCGACGCUCAUCGACGAAGUCAAGGCUCAGCCUGGCGCCGACCCCGACGGCGUCCUCGUCGUCGGCUGCUACAACGCCCCCGAAUCCGUCACGCUCUCGGGAACGGAGUCGCUUAUCGACGCGGCAGUCGCGCUCGCGAGUAGCCGCAAGCUUUUCGCGAGGAAGCUGCGCACUCGUAUCCCCGUGCACUCACCUCUGAUGGACGCAUGUCGGGCAGAGUACGAACGACUCGCCGCGGACGUCUUCACGACACAAGGAGAGGCGCGUGUCCGGGCCCCCGUGGUCACGACGUACUCAAGCACCACUGGGACCCCGCUCGCCCGCCAGUUGGAUGACUCGUACUACUGGGACAACAUGGUCCAACCUGUGCGGUUCGAGCAGGCGGUGUCCUCCCUUCUCGCUCGCUACCGCGGGGCGACGUUCGUCGAGAUCGGGCCACACCCCGUCCUCGCAGCGUAUCUCCAGGUCGGGGAAGGAGCGACCGUAACCUGUCCCAUGCGCCGCGCUCGCCCGUCGAAGACACUCCCCAUUCCUUUGUCCUCGUCUCUUUCCCCUGCUCUCACAUCCGACGUCCUCGCGGAAGUGCGCGAGUUCACGAUCGCGCUCGGCCGUAUCGCCACCGCGGGCCACACAUACGUCGACUUCGACGUGCUCUACGGCGCGCUCUGCGCCCCGCUCCCAGCCCGCGUCCCCGCGUCGUCGCUUCCCGCGUACCCCUUCACGCGCAGGAUCGUCCCGUGGAGCUCGCCAACGGCACAGGUCCAGCGGCAGCAGCAGACGCGGAACGGCCCGCUCAACUACGCGCAGCUCCAGCUGAACGCGAAGACCCAUCCCGACCUUGCGGAGCAUGUCAUCAAAGGCGCUCCGAUCAUGCCCGCGGCGGGCUUCGUCGAGAUGGCACUUGAGUUCGGGGCGACGGAGGUGUACGACGUCACCUUCCACGGGCUGCUGUCGCUCGCGGCUGAGCGGCCUGUGCCGAUCCAGGUCGCGCUCGAGGGCACGCGGUGGACCGUCGCAAGCGCGGGACCGGUGGGCGCGGGAACGUUUCCGACCAAGUACGACCGCCUGCACGCUACGGGGUUCUUGUCUAAGGCGCCUCCGCAGGACCGCCAGUAUGCGGCACUCGACCUCAAUGCACUACGCGAGGGCAUGACCGACGUCGACGUCGAUACCUUCUACUCGAGGCUGUCCUUCUUUUCGAGCUACGGACCUCUGUUCCGUCGAGUUCGUCGCUGCCACUUCGCGUUGGGCUCUAAUGGGGCUGUUACGGCCCUCACGGAGAUCCGUGCCAAAGAUAACAACCUGUCCAACAUCGCAGACUAUGUCUUGCAUCCGGCUAUCCUCGAUGCGGCCAUUCACGUCGAGACCCAUCCUGUUCUCACUGGCAACUUCGACCCCAAUCUAUACCAUCUGCCCUCUAGAAUACACGCGUUCCGGCUCUGCUCUGCAUUCUUCGAGGCAGAACUCCCUGAAAUUGUGUAUUCAUACGCUACCUAUGAAGACUGGACCCCAGACUCUGUCACCUACAGCUUCACCAUCUGCAAUGCCGGCGGGAUUCCUUUGUGCAUCAUGGACCGCCUCCAGCUCGCUCGGCACGGCUUCCCGUCGGACGCUCUCCUAAAACGCCAUGAGGUCAUCUACCACCCGAUCGAACUCCCCAGUCCUGUUGACGAGCGAGCUACCGACACACACAUCUUUGUCUUCACUCGCAGCGCAGAGAUGGAGCUGCAGCCUCGUAUCGCCGCCCUCAACCCUCUCCGCGCGCUCUCCGUCGCGUUCAUUGCCCGUAUGGGUAUCCACGCCGACGCCGCGGAGGGCUUCACGCGCUCGCUGCGCAAGGAGUUCCGGGCCUGGACGAUCCGCCUGGUCGUCUUCGAUCCAUCCUGGGCGCAGGACAGGUGCGAGGCAACCGCGCUCGCGCUCACGACGAAAGCCCCCGAGGAAGUGGAGUUCAGAGUCGACGCCGACGGCACCGUGACCGUGCCCCGCGUCGAAGAGUCGGCACCACCCACCAUGCAUUCCGCCUUCGAUCCCCGCGCGCCGUGGACGCUCGACGGCAGCGAGCUCGUGCAGACCUUCAAGUCACAACCCGCGGGCGACCACGUCGUCGUCAAGGUGCUCGGGAUCGGGACUCGUCGCGGCCGACUGUGGGAAUUCGUCGGGACCGUGGAGGGGCGCUCCGACUCCAUGCGCGUGGCCGGGAUAGCUUUCGGAGGCGUCUCGAGCCACGUCUCCGUCCACCGCCGCGCGGUCGUCGAGCUCCCUGCGGCUGCUGCGGACGCUCAAGAGCGCCCGUAUGGGUACAACCUCCUCGCGACCGUGGUUGUCGCGCUCGCAGUGGGUCCGCACGCGUUCGCGGACCCGGACCGCCUCCGCGGCGUGCACGUCCUCUUGGUCGACGACGACAUGGACCUCCUCGUCCAGAUGGAAGAGGUCUGCAUGGAGCGUGGGCUGGACGUCCGCGCGGCAUCUACGCUCGAUGUCGGCGUCCUCGAGGCAUGCUACCAUCGACGCCCGACCAACAUCAUCGCGUCCGUGGAGGACGGCAGUUCCGUCGCCACCCUCCGCGGGCUCGUCGCGCCCGCCGGUGGCCUCUUACUCUGGGACGACGUACAACAGGGCGUGGAAGCCAUCGUGGCGCGAGCGCCCUGGGACUUGGGCGACGCGCUCCGCCAGGCCACCAGUCGCUUCCAGCGCCCGACAGUACCAUACCUGCCCCCGCUGGAUAUCGGCACGCAGACACCGAACGGAGUGUGCCGCUCACUGGGGCUGUUCGACCCUGCGAAGACGUACCUGCUCGUCGGGGGUGUCGGGAGCCUAGGGCUGCACAUCGCGUUGUGGAUGUAUGAGAAUGGAGCUAAGAGCAUCGUGCUUACCUCUCGCUCGGGAGAGGAAACACUCGAGCGCCGAGGAGACUACAUUGCCCAGCGGAUCCUCACGUAUCUACGGCGCUGCGGCGAUGUUUCCGUCACCAUCGUCGCCGCGGACGCAACGGAUGUGGCCAGCAUGCGACUCGCAGUGGACGGACUGGAUCGACCCCUCGGCGGUUGUGUCCUGCUUGCUGCGCUCGUGAGGGACGCAACCUUCAUCGCGCACACUCAAGAGUCGUACGAAAGUGUAUUCCCGUCAAAGGUUCAAGCUUUUAGCGUCCUCGAAGAGGUGCUUGAAUUCGAGGCUCUGGACUUCUUCGUGUCUCUCUCGUCCGCCGUCGGGCUGUUUGGCAACGCAGGACAGACGAACUAUGCUUCCGCGAAUUCAGCCCUCACAUGGCAGACGCGCAAGUACAGGAACGCAUUUGCGAUGGAGGCGCCCAUGAUCGUCGACAGCAGCGUCAUCACGGUCGGCACCGAGACGUACAACCGGAACGUCCGGCACUGGACGCGAUGGGGCAUGACUGCGCGAGGUCUCUGCGCUGCGAUCGGCGAUGGCUUGUGCAUCCUGCGUGAGCGCCCGCUCUGGCAGUACGUCCCCGACUUCGACUGGCGCGGCGUGCGCGAUAACCUCGGGCCGUCGCCGCUCUACGACCACCUUGUGCUCGACAACGCCCUCGCGGACAUUGCGACGGGCGCGGGGGCGGACGGCGGUGCGAGCCUGCUAUCGAUCGUCUGCGCCGUGCUAGAGCUGGACCCGGAGGAGGUGGAUGUGAGCGUGCCGUUGACCGCGUACGGGCUCGAUUCGGUGUCCGCAGCGGCGCUGUCGUUCGCGCUGCGUCCGCUGCUCGCGGUGUCGCAGGUGCAGCUUCUCGUCGAUCUUUCCGUCAAGGACUUGCAGAGCAGGAUCGAAGGUGCAUGA